AUGCUCGCUCGAACACUUCAGAAGAACACGAUGUCUGCUGUUGUGCCCGUGGUUAGAUUCUGCUAUGAUGUCUCGAAGCAUGAACGAGUGCGCAUACGUUCGUUCCAUAGUCACCUUACGACUUUGUUCUUCCUCACGCUCAAAGGGGCCAUGGAACUGAAAGCCAAGGUAAGCGAUGUUGAGAUGGUGGUGGUUGGGAAGAACGAGGGCGUGGCUGGUGGCGAGUGGGACAAAGCUCGCUUUGGCUCUCGCCACGACCCCUCUUCUCUUUCAACCGCCACCUACCAACCUGGCACCACACGACCUAACAACAUACUCUACCCCUAUGCCAAUGCGAUGCAAGACCUGGAGAAGACCUGCAUCGACCGCCGGCAGCUGGUAUUCAACAAGUACAUCAUCCUGUGGCGCUCUAGCAAGAUCACCACUCGAUUGUCUUGGGAUUCAUCGGCUGACAUUGUCAAGGACAUUCGGAAGGCUGGCAUCUUCCUUUCCCAGGUCUCAAUUCACCCGUACGCGGAUGCGGAGGCUCAGCUCAUCAACGAGACUGCUUUUGUGGCGCCUGAGAAUGCGGAUGCCUGGGAAGGUUGGCCGCCACACUUGGUAUACUGCAUCCGUGGGUUCGGGACACCGACCUAUCGCGGGCAAGUGGUCUGCACGCUUGCGGGUGCCGAUGUGAUGAUGGCCGCUGGACUGGGCAAAGUGAAGUCUGGGUCGAGACCGAAAUACGACACCAAGGUCAAGACUACGAUGACAGGGCCCCGACAGCCGACGCCACGCGCGCCCCCAUCGGCACUCCCUGCGCUGAAGCCGAAGGGAGAAUGGGGCCGCCAGCAAUUGCUUGCAUCACAGCCAAAAGGCAGCUUCAACCUCGGCUCGAGCGACAAGGUGAAGUUCUCGAAGCAGGAGAUCGCUGCUUCGUCGUACACGGGCACGAGCGCGGGUUCUGGGAAGAGGAAGUACUCCGGUGACGCGCCGAAAGUCAACGACGAAAGCGUGCGCGCGGCUGAGCCACCGCAAAAGCGCGCUCGGGUGACCGCGCAGACCUCAGAUGCAGCCCAGUCCAGCAAGCGCAAAGGCAGCAGUAAAAAGACUUGCGCCACAGAAACCGCGACAGAGGGCGCGAAAACGCCACAGGCUUCAGAGGCGCCGCCACUGACACUCGGCACGGCGAGCAUCACGACUCCAUCGCGUAGCACGCCUGCUGUCGUGAGACCCCCGGUGAUGGCGACGGACAUCGCCUUCGACCCAUUGGCACCAGGGAAUGUGCCUUCUGCCCCCACGCUGAAGCCCGCCACACCAUCACUGAACCGUGGUCCCAUCAUGCACGGGUCAUCCCAGAGUGCAGCGUCUGCGGGCCCGAGCGUGUUGAAGCGGAAGCGGGUAGAAGAAGUUGACGCAUCGGUGGGCGACGUUGCUCAGCCGCAGGCGAAGCAAAGGAAGCAGAUGGCGUCAGCCUCCAAUGCUAUCAGCAAUGCCGUGCAAUCUCCAGAAACAACACGCCAGGCUGUCGUGGGCCGGAGAUCGCACAUGCCGCCACCUUCGUCGUGGUCGCCUACACCUGCAAGCACUGCCGGCUCGUCACGGUGCAGCUCCUCGGCCGCUAUGACUCCCCGUGGCCCGGAUACUCAGAUCCCCGUGGACGUGCACGCAACGGGACAUAUAUCGCAGGCGCCACAUGCGCGACGACCGACAACUUCGCUUGUGAACGCGAGUACCACCGCGCUUUCCUUGCCUGCGGGCAUUCCGAAGCCGCCCAUAAUUGCGGCUGACGUCUCCCUCGAGGACUUUGUCCCACGGGAGCUUCCCAAGGCACAGGCACGGAAAACGCAUGAGCAGGACGAUGCUCGCUCGAUCGAGAACACGGUUGUCUCGGAGGACACAAGCAAUGGCGCUGACGAAGGAUAUGAGUUCCUGGACUCGGAUGUAGAUAGUCUCUUCGACGGGCCUGAUGAUACUGUCGCCCAUCUAGCCGAAGAUGCGUUCACAGAGACCCGACGCUCUUCUACCGUGACCAUCAACGAGUCACUGCAUGAAGCGGCUAUCAGCUAUGCCGGCAUGGAUUUCCAGGACAUGGGCUGGCAAGCCGGGGAACCUAAGGUCGUUCGUAGCUUUACGGACUUGGCUCACGUACACAUGAAAGCAUUCCCCACGCCACUCGAUUACUACCUGGUCGAAACAUGGCAUCCACUCGAGGAAAAUCCGUACGUGCCAAGCGACGCAGCCGCUGGACAAUCCUUCACUCCCCUCGAGGAUCGGUCGGAGAGCAUACACGGAUGGUUCGGCUCAUUCUUCAAUCAACAGAGCAUGCGCGAGUUCGUGAUUGUUCCCAGACCGGUGCCCCAGUACGGGAUGCGUCCAACUGGCUGA